GUGUGUCUUGUGGGCCGUUUCAGAUGGCAUUGUUCUGGGCAUUUACGUCGUGGACAACAAACAGCAAUCAGAUUACUCCUUUGGGAAAGACCGAUCGUCUUGAGACAAUAGGCAGCUUCCUUGUUUGGGCGAAAGAAAGAAAAACUAGUGCAGGCGAUGUUGUCCGUGGCCCUAAAAGUCAACGAUUGACACCGGAUUGAGCGAAAUGGGCGCAGAUACUGCCAAAAUCUUACCCCUUUGAAAAUCACAGAGGCCAAAAAUAGUCGAUCAAAAAUUCGAAAAAAAAUCGGUAUAUCAAAUCUCUGGUGCCUAUGAUCCUGUGCUAUGCAGCAGCAAGACCAGGACAUCCCCACGCAGCGCCAGGCGUCUCCCCUGAGGAGAGUGCUCAACAAUACGUCCGAGUCCGAACAGCAGCCUGCUCAGAAUCAUUCCCAGGAGGUGUUGUCCCAACUACUGGGCUUCCAAGUGGAAUCGUGGCCACACUCCCAGGAACAGCUGGAUUUGGUGAUCCAGCUCAAGAUCGAACAAGAGCGCACCAAGUUCGAGCAACAGAAAUCCAGGAAUCUGGAGAUGGCGAUGGAAUUACUCAACGUGGCGCGCCAGACAGGUAUCCCUCCAGAACUAAUUCCAUUUCUCUAUGCCAACCUUUCUCCGGAGGAAAUUAAGGAACGCAUCGACAUGGUGCUCAAAUACCCUCUGCCGCCACAGGGAUAUCAGACCCCGGGCCCGCGUGCCGACGAAUCGCCCUUGCGAGAGUACUCCCACCGGCGGUCGUAUACCGCAUCGUCUGCCGCGUCGUCUGCGGGUGGGGUCACAUCUGUUUGGAGAGUGAACCUGCCGCAACAGCAGCAAUUCCAGUUCCACCACUGGUCUGGGCCGGGCGCUGGCCCCAUGCCCUCGAAGGGCUCCUCUGUAGAUACCGCGGCGUCGUCGGCGCCGUCUGUCAACCCGCAGACAUACCCAGACACGCCCUCUGCGCCCUCCACGUCGUCGCCGACAUCCACCCACAAGCGCAAAUUUUCCGACCCUCUGGCCCCCACGCACCAUCGUCAGCCGUCGUCGCCCACCAAGACGCGCAGCAUAUCACUCGACAAGCGGCAACCUGCACAAAAUCCCCUUGCAUCGCCCUACGUCUACAGAGACCCGGCUUACGGCGUGCCAUCGUACCCGCCACACCAACCAGGGGUCGCUGGUGUGUCGCGAUUUGCACAACCAGGCUCGCCGUACCCGUCGCGCCAACAGCCCCCACCUUAUUAUUAUUCUUCGCCCUACCAUCAGCAAUCGUACCAGUUUCCGGCGUCGAAGCCGCAGGAGUCUGUGCUUCCGCCGCUCAGGCCUCUGGAACCGGAUGAUAAGUCGAAAAGCAAAUUCCUUAUCAACACUCCUAGAAACCCUCCCAAGUGA